AUGUCCACCGACAGCGACAAACCAACCUACCUCUACAAACUCGUCCCCUCGACCUCCCCGGUACCAGAGCUAUCCGCCCUACCCGAAGCUCUGCCACUCAGCGACCUCGACGCCAAAUCCGGCUUCAUCCACCUCUCCACCGCGCAUCAGGUCGGGGGCACGCUCAAGCACUUCUUCGCGGAGGACCCACACGUGUGGGUGCUCAAGAUCGCGUUCGCGAAGGUGGAGGAUAAGAUACGGUGGGAGAGCCCUGAUGCGAAGGUAUGCGGCCCGCGACCCGGGGAGGGCCUGUUCCCGCACCUGUAUAACGGGCCGAAGUUGGGAAAGGCAGAAAUCGAGGACGUGGCGCGCUGGGAAAGAGGAAACGGAUGGGACGAGGCGCUGGAGAAGGCCAAUAACUGGCUCGUGUACUGA